AUGUCACCUUCUCCAAACAUCACUUCCUCUCCUCUGAUCUUUUUCCUGACGGGCGUUCCAGGUCUGGGAGCUGCCCAUGGCUGGAUCUCCAUCCUCUUCUGCUGUCUGUACAUAACUGCCCUGUCUGGAAAUAGUUUCAUCCUAUUUGUCACCAUCACUGAGUCAAGUCUCCAUGAACCUAUGUCCUAUUUCCUCGCCAUGCUCUCAACCACCGACCUGGGACUGUGUAUUUCUCCGCUGGUCACUACGCUGGGCAUAUUCUGGUUCAACACAAGACAGAUCAGCUUCCAUGCCUGUGUUGCCCAGACAUUCUUCAUUCAACUCUUCACGGUCAUGGAGUCUUCAGUGCUCCUGGCAAUGGCCUUCGACCGCUUCGUUGCUAUUUGUAACCCACUGAGAUAUGCUACCAUUUUGACUGAGUCCAGAAUCGUCAACGGCUGGUUUGCCAUCCUUGCCAGGGGGACAGUGAUCCUAAUGCCUCUGGCCCUACUUCUUAAACGUCUGUCAUUCUGCAAAAGCCACGUGCUCCAUCAUUCUUUCUGUUUCCAUCCGGAUGUAAUCCAACGCUCCUGUUCAGACAACAAGAUCAGCAGUGUCUCAGGACUCACUGCCCUGCUCGUGACGGCAGGGCUGGACUCUGCCUCUAUUCUCCUCUCCGAUGUCCUGGUCCUUAGGACCAUCCUAAGCAUCGCCUCCCCAGAGGAGCGACGCAAGGCCUUUGGCACUUGUAUCUCCCACCUCGCUGCCGUGGCUGUCUUCUACAUCCCUCUUGUUAGCUUGUGCUUUGUCCACAGGUUUGGGAAAAGGGCCCCUCCUUACGUACACACUCUUAUGGCCAAUGCGUAUUCGCUUAUUCCGCCAGUGAUGAACCCCAUUAUCUAUAGAGUAAAAACCAAGCAGAUCCGUAGGGCCGUUAAAAAAGCCCUCUUUCCCAAGCGACCUGAGGUGUGA